GUUCCAAUCAAUUAAUAAUUCCAUAUUUAAAACAUUUCCUUCAUAUAGUUCAUCCGAACUUUAGUGGUGAGAUUCAUCAUAAAAAGGGUGGGGUAGCGAAAAUGACUUUACCACAUCGCCCUGCCCUAAAUAAUUUCAAGUCCGAACGGCAGGCGGCGUUUUCGAAUAAUGUCCGAAAGGCGUUUUUGGAUGAAGGUCGAAAGCGCAAAGACUCCGAGCGCGCAAGGAUGGAGGCCUAUCGACGUCUGUGUUCCGAGGAAGGGAUCGAAUCCAAACGCCUCCAGGAGUAUGAUCAGGCCCGCGAGGAGGCCUCCUCGGAUUUAAAAGGUGCCUUGGAGGCCAUUGACUACGACCAAAGCCUCACCAACAACGAAAAAAAGAAACGAAAGUAUAAUUUAAAGCGGAAGUUCGCCGCCACGACUGUGAAUGAGAAUCUAAAAAAGAAAUUUAAGCCCCGCACGGCGGUCACCAAAAUCGAGGAGAUUCAAAAGAAGAAGGAGGAAAAGCAGAAAAUGGAAAAAGAGGCCCGCGAGAAGCGGAUUCAUGAGAAGGCGUCGAAACUUCAGCUCCGAAAGAGGCGAGCGGAAUUGUUUAAGCAUCGCACAAAGCGCGGUCAGCCUGUAAUUGCUAGCAGAGUGGAAUCCUUACUACAGAAGAUAACUCGUGAAAACUAAAGGAUUCUAUCUAUUUUGUGGUGAUAUAAACCAUACAAGGAGAUCCUUCCUUUAAUUGCGUCAUUUACUUUUCGAGUAAUAUAUGGUUGCUUGUGAUAAACACAACCUCACUUA